ACGAAAUUCAAACACCAGUUUGAUGACGACUCUGUUAUUGCACGCGAGUUGUAAGAAAAUAUGGACCCAGAUCCUGAGCAAGAUCGUGAUUCUGAAGAGGUUGUUGAAAUUAUAGAAAUUGAUGACACUGAACCUCUUUCGGACGAUGACGAAGUCGUUGGAGAUGAUGGUCUGUCAGCUGACAUCAAUGAGAUGGACUUGGAGAAUGAGUUGCAGUAUAACUCGGAUGAGUUUGAAGAUGAAGUAACAUACAGGGAUGAUUCUACAUUUGUUUACAAGAAACAUGCAGAUUCUGUUUUCACUGCCCGGAUUGAUAAUAACACCUGUGACCUUGUGAUAACUGGAGGUCAGGAUGACACAGCUUAUGUCUGGUCUGCUUCAUCAGGGGAGACCAAGUUUCAGUGUGAUGGGCACAAGGAUUCUGUAACCUCCGUAGGAUUCAGCCAUGAUGGAGUGUAUGCAGCGUCUGCUGAUCUUGGUGGACUGAUCAAAGUUUGGAAAGUGGACACAGGCAAAGAAGUCUGGUCAUUUGAAUGUUCAGAUAUUGAGUGGUUGCAGUGGCAUCAAAUGGCCCAUGUUUUGAUCGUGGGAACACAAGAUGGAACCACCUGGAUGUGGAAGAUUCCUAGUGGAGACUGUAAAACAUUUAAAGGACAUGGAUUGUCAGCAGGAAGUGGAUGUUUGAUGCCAGACGGAAAGAGGGUGUGUGUUGGAUAUGAAGAUGGCUCAGUUAAAAUCUGGGAUAUGAAAACGGCAUCUUGUUUACAAAAUGUGAAUGGUAAAGACAUUCACUCUUCAUCAGUAGUAUGUAUAGACUGCCACCCAGACAAUAACCUGAUUCUAACAGGUUCAACAGAUGCCACCGCAAAGGUUAUCCACUCCAGUACAGGCAAGGUGGUGACCACAUUCAAUUGUGCUGAAGAAAAUUCUGAGGAUGAAAAUUCUGUAGAAAGCUGCGCAUUCUCUUACACACAAUCAUCACUUGCUGCCACAGGGACUCUUACAGGAAAGUUAAGCAUUUGGGAUGUCCCAACCCAGACAAACCGCAACACCUGCCAGCACAUUGGAGGGGUGGUAAAGCUGAAAUGGGACACAACUUCUCCACUGGUCUACACAGCAUGUCUGGAUGGAGUGGUCAGAAUGUGGGAUGCCAGAAAUGGCAAAUGUUGCUUGGAAUGGUCGGGGCAUCAGGAUGCUGUGCUGGACUUUGAUAUUUCCAGAGAUGGAAAAACUCUUGUGACAGCUUCAGAAGAUAACACAGCUCGUGUUUUUUCAUUACAUAAACCAGACAGUUGAAGAAAUGUACAACCUUGUUUUUAUUAAAUCAGUUUAAUUAAAGGACCUCGUUUUGUUAAUGCUUAAAAAUUUCAAUUUCAUGAUAUGAUAUUGAUGAAGCUUACACACACGUUCCGUAUACAUACUGUUUAUGUUUGUUACUUGGUUUAUUUGAACCUUUAACCUUGAAUGAGCUUCCAGAAGUCAUUUUAACUUUUCAACAUAAUGUUUAAUCAAACACUGCUUGCAAAUUAAUAUAAAUAGAUGAGGUGAUUUUAUUUACCAGUAUUGUACUAAGGUUUCUUUUGUAAAAAUUAGGUGAAAUUUAAAUUGGUGGAAAAUAUUUAUUUAAUGGUUUUGUUGUGAUGAAGCAGUA